GGCAGGCUCUCUAUGUCCCUGGAGAAUCGGGUUGAGACUCAGUACAGCUGGCUUUAUAAGUGAGUGGAAAACGAGUCCAGAGCAGGACAGGCUGUGGGGGAGACAAAAACCUGUCUGUCUUUACAGAUGAAAUUUUCUUGUUCUCUUCUGUCCUGAAUGUUUCCCAAGCAUGCAGGUGACAAGCUUAUUAACUUUGGUGGCAUUUAUAGCAGAGUUGCAAGUCUUUUCAAGAGCCUCCUCUCCAAUCAACUGUAAGUGGGACUCCUACGGCCCUUGGUCAGAAUGCAAUGGCUGUACCAAGACUCAGACUCGAAGGCGUUCGGUUGCUGUUUAUGGGCAGUACGGAGGCCACCCGUGUGUGGGGAGUGCUUUUGAAACACAAUCCUGUAACCCUGAACGAGGCUGUCCGACUGAAGAGGGCUGUGGGGACCGCUUUAGGUGUUUUUCAGGUCAGUGCAUCAGCAAAUCACUGGUUUGCAAUGGGGACUCUGACUGUGAGGAAGAUGGUGCUGACGAAGACAGAUGUGAGGAUGCACAAAGCAGACCUUCCUGCGACAUUGACAAACCUCCUCCCAACAUAGAACUUACCGGUAAUGGUUACAACGCACUUACUGGCCAGUUUAGAAACAGAGUCAUCAACACCAAAAGUUUCGGUGGUCAGUGCAGGAAAGUAUUCAGCGGGGACGGAAAAGAUUUCUACAGAUUAAGUGGAAAUAUUCUCUCUUACACAUUUCAGGUCAAAGUAGAUAAUGAUUUUAACUAUGAAUUUUACAACAGCAGUUGGUCUUACAUAAAGCACACAUCCACAGACUACACAUCAUCUAGUUCAAACAGGAUCUUAUUCUUCUCCUCCUCAUCAAAUCAACGCAGUCAGACUUCAAGUACCAAGGAAAUCUACAUGAAAAAGAGCUAUAAAUUGUUGGUUGUUCAGAAUAAUGUUGAAGUGGCCCAGUUCAUUAAUAAUAAUCCUGAAUUUUUACAACUUGCGGAGCCAUUCUGGAAGGAACUCUCCCAUCUUCCCACUGUGUAUGACUACAGUGCCUACCGACGGUUAAUUGACCAGUAUGGGACACAUUACCUGCAGUCCGGGUCCUUAGGAGGAGAAUAUAAAGUUCUAUUUUAUUUGGAUUCAGGAAAUAUCAAGCACAGAGGUUUUGGGUCAGCCCAGGAGAAGGCAUGUUCAUCUUCAGACUUUCGGUCUUUUUUUGUAGCAUCAUCAGAUAAGAGAUGUGAGGAACUGGAAAAUGCUUUAAAAUCAACUUCAGGAAACCAGGGCAGGGUGCUUCGAGGAGAGCCAUUUGUCAGAGGUGGAGGCCCUGGCUUUGUAGCUGACCUUAGUUUCCUGGACCUGGAUAAUCCCGCUGGAAACAAACAGCGGUACUCCUCCUGGGCCAACUCUGUAACCAAUCUUCCCCAAGUCAUAAAACAAAAGCUGGCGCCAUUGUAUGAGCUGGUCAAGGAGGUGCCCUGUGCCUCUGUGAAAAGACUGCACCUGAAGCGGGCUCUUGAGGAGUACUUGGACGAAUUUGACCCUUGCCAUUGUCGGCCUUGCCAGAAUGGUGGCCUCGCUACUGUUGUGGGGACGCAGUGCCAGUGUCACUGCAAGCCAUACACAUUUGGGAUGGCGUGUGAGCAAGGAGCCCUCGUCGGCAAUCAAGCAGGAGGGGUUGAUGGAGGUUGGAGCUGUUGGUCAUCUUGGGGCCCCUGUGUUCAAGGGAAGAGAUCAAGGAGCCGAGAAUGCAAUAAUCCUCCUCCCAGUGCAGGUGGAAAGUCCUGUAUUGGAGAAACGACUGAAAGCAGGCAGUGUGAAGACCAGGACUUGGAGAACUUGCGAUUACUUGAGCCACAUUGCUUUCAUUUGUCUUUGGUUCCAAAAGGAUCCUGCCCAUCACCCCCGGCCUUAAAAGAUGGACUUGUUCAAGGUGAAGGUACCAUGUUUCCUGUUGGGAAAAGCAUAGUAUAUGCUUGUAAUGAAGGAUAUUCUCUUGUGGGAGAUCCUUUUGCCAGAUGUGGAGAAGAUUUACAGUGGCUUGUUGGAGAAAUGCAUUGUCAAAAAAUUGCCUGUUUUCUACCUGAAGUGAUGAGUGGUAUGCAGAGUCACCCCCAGAAACCUUUUUACAUGGUUGGUGAGAAGGUGACCCUUUCCUGUGCGGGCGGCAUGUCCUUAGAAGGUCCUUCAACCUUCCUCUGUGGCUCCAGUCUUAAGUGGAGUCCUGAGCUGAAGAGUGCCCAGUGUGUGCAGAAAGUUACCAGCACUCUACCGCCAGCAGCUCCUGCAUGCCGGCCCUGGGAGAAACUGCAGAACUCAAAAUGCGUCUGUAAAAUGCCCUAUGAGUGUGGAUCCUCCUUGGAUAUAUGUGCCCGGGAUGAGAGAAGCAACAGGAUUCUAUCUCUGACCAUCUGCAAGAUGCACGUUCUCCGCUGUCAGGGAAGAAAUUAUGCUCUCGUUGGCAAGGACAGCUGCACACCGCCUGCCUCAGCUGAGAAAGCCUGUGGUGCAUGCCCGCUAUGGAGCAAAUGUGAUGCUCAGAACAGCAAAUGUGUCUGCAGAGAAGCAUCGGAGUGCCAGAGAGCAGGCUACAGAAUCUGUGUGGAAGUGAAUGGCAAAGAGGAGACGAUGUCUGAGUGUGAGGCUGGCGUCUUAAGGUGCAGAGGGCAGAGCAUCUCCAUCACAGCCAUCGAGCCCUGUGCCGAAGAAGCCCAGUAGGACCUGGAGGGGGCGGGGCUUGAUCCUCUUUGCCAGAAUCUAGUGGGUAAUGGAUGCUGGGCGGAAACAUCUGUGACUGGUUCUUAGACCACUUCUUCCCUGGCAGGAAGGCACAAUCCUUUCCUCUUUCUCUUCAGUAGUUACUUCUCCCUUCUGUGCUCAGCCACCUGUGCAAACAAACCCUUGGUUUUCUCAAACCCCAGUCCAGAUUUCCUUCCUUUGCAAGCAGAGGUAUGAAGAACACCCCUGAACCACAUGGCACGCUGAGCUAUUUGGGAGGUUUCAGAAAAAUGUAUUGGGCUUUGAAUCGAGACAAAUGUUCUCCAUGCAUUCAUCCCUGUGAUUCUGUGGACUGUGACUGACCCAGUCCACCGGCUUGUGUUCCUCCUCUGAGUUGAUUAGGAAAACAGAAAGAAUGUAAUUUCCUGAUUAGGGAGGUUGAAUUUCCUCAGUGAUAUAAAACACACACACACACACACACACACACACACACACACACACACACACACACACACACACACAUUGGGAGAAACAGGCAGACGUAAUUAUUUACAUCCUGAGGGGUAAUGUCACGCUUCGCCCUCCUAAGCCAUCCCCACAUGUAGAAUCCUUCUUCUUGUCAGAAGAUCAAACUACUUAAAUGUCAGAGCAGAAUUCAUCAUGCUAUGGUCACAGGGCACCGUCUGUCUUCUUGUCUGAGAACAAAUAUGAUUCAGUCUCUUGGGUGUUUUCUUCAGUAUGUGUCAAAUACAAACCUGAAAAUCACUCUGCUUUUGAAAGAAGCGUCGGUUUAUGCUAGAGCUAUUGAGUGAUGCAUAUUUGAGAAUAAUCUUCCCUAAUGUGGUUGCACCCCUACAUUUUCCAGAAGCACACAAUUUAAGACAUUGGUAUUUGGUUUAUUUCUUAUUUACCUUUCAUUAAACACAACAACAACAAAAAAUCCAGCUGUGGAAGGUGAAGUGUGUGGGCUUGAAUAGAGCCUAAAAUAUGCAUAAACACUGUCUCUGUAUUUUUUGAGGCUGUUAGCUAUAUUUCAAACAAACUUUAAGUUGCUAAGGAGUGGAAAAUGCAUUCAAGACGUUAUUUUUCAGAUGUUUUCAAAGUGUAGAGUUUCUGAUGUGACUACUCCAGAGUUGGCUUUUCAUAACAGUUUCCUUUGAGGUUUGAUGCAGAUGUAAUAUAUAGAAGUGACACAGUUGUGGGUUUCAUCUAUUGAAAACAAUUAUACCUAAACAUAUUAUCUGCACUGAUUUAGAAGAUAUAAUAGAUUUAACAUCUUCCCUGGAGAUAGGGAUUGAUUUGGAAAAUGCCAGGGUUGGCUGUUGACCCCCAUCAGAGGAAGCAGAUAUGGAAUCGUUUAGGAGAACUGAUCUUAACAUUCUCCAGUCUUUCACUUAUUUCCUUGUUUAGCCUGGGGUUAAAUUUCCACCACCUAUGAGCACUUCUAAUUUGAAAAUCCAAUUUCUCCAGUGCUUUUAAAAUUUAAAACUGAUUGAUGACAUGAUAGAAAACUUCCAUGAGUAAAAGAAUUCUCCGCGUCUGCUCUCAUCAGGACAGGUCACAAUCCAAGUGCUAAAAAUGUCAUGUAAAAUGACUUCCAGGUUUGUGUGACUUAUAAACAAAUUCUGUGUCUAGUUUUGGAUCCCAUUCUCCUAAAUAUCUCACCUUGUGUGUGUGCAAAUAUUGUAAGUCCAAAAAUAUCUGAAAUUGCAAACUCUUAUGAUCAAAACGUUUUGGUCGAGCACAUUUCACAGCCAAGGUAUUUGAGACAGAAGUUUCAACAGCUUUCCUGGAGGAGACACAAAAGAUGGGUGAAUCACAUGACGGGUGGUAAGAGGGAAGGUGGCUGUUGAUAGGUAUUUUGAGAUAUUCUAUUUGCAUCCUACCCUUCCCGCUUCCCCCAUCAGAACUUUUUUUUUUUUUUUUUUUUUUUUUUUUUGCCUAUUGUCCUUUCCUGUAGUCAUACAGGGGCAUUCACAGUUACCUACAAGGAACCAGAAUUCUUGUAACAGGUCUUCAGGAAGAAAGACCUAUUUUUGAUAAUGACUCAUUGAAGAUGUUUUGAAAAUUUAAAAAUAAGCUCUGUAAGCAGACGUCUGUGAGAAAAGCAAGGAGGAAUUGUUUAUAAAUAAAAGGCAGAGAACAAA